AUGGCAUCUUUCGACAACAAAGUCGUCAUCGUGACUGGCUGCUCCUCCGGAAUCGGCCUCGCAACCACGCAGCUCUUUCUGGACCGCCAAGCCAAGGUCUUCGGCAUCGAUGUUGCACCUUUCACAAAGCAUGAAGGAACUGUCAAGGAUAAGCCCUUCGAAUUCCACCAGGCGGACCUGAUCGAGCCCAAAGCCGCCGAGGAAGCAGUGGCACGAUGUACCGCCAUCUUCGGACCUAGAAUAGACGUCCUAGUCAACUGCGCUGGCAUCUCGGAUGGCUGGUCGAGCGCAGACACGCUGAAGGAUGUUGAGUGGGAAAGGGUCAUGGCGAUCAAUCUUACGGUGCCGGUGAGAUUGAUGACGGCGGUGUUGCCGGCUAUGAAGGAGCAAAAGAAGGGCGCUAUUGUAAAUGUUGCGAGCAAGGCUGGUACGAGCGGUGCUGCAGCUGGUAUCGCGUAUACGGCGUCGAAGCAUGGCCUUGUUGGUGCUACAAAGAACGUCGCAUGGCGUUUCCACAAUGAUAACAUUCGCUGCAAUGCGGUCCUCCCAGGUGGAGUUGCGACAAACAUCCAGAACUCAGUCAACAUGGACUGCUUCGACAAGGAAGGCUUCGGAAGCUUCUUUCCUGUUGUGCAAAUGCACAUUGCGAAAAAUGAGCAUGGCCAGCCUGUGCCAGUUGUUACCCCUGAGGAUGUCGCCAAGGGCAUCGCCUACCUCGCAUCGGACGAGGCGCGAAUGGUCAACGGUGCCUUACUGCCUAUCGAUGCGGCGUGGUCAACGUUGUAA